GAGAUGAAAUGGGAGCAUCAGGAUGUUUCGCCUUCGAUUUCUUCCCGUUGCAGCAGGGCUGUCUGCUGUUUCGCGGCGUUACCAUGGAAUGUCAUAUCACCCGAGGACCAGGCGUAGGCUCAUGGUGGCGGCUUUCAUAGGGACGACUGCAGCGACAGCAAGUGCCAGAUUCCUUUGGCAGAGGGCCUACGCAGAAGACUCGUCCUCUGUAAAACAGGAUCCGAGGACAGAGCCAAGUGAGAAGGUGAAGCAUGAGGAGGAGGAGGAGAGCAGCGGCAGUGAGGGCAGAAAGGCCGUUGCAUCAGCCGACGAGGAAGCUCAGCCAGGAGGGAAGAAGAAAAAGCGUUCUGGGUUCAGGGACCGUAAGGUCAUGGAAUAUGAGAACAGGAUCAGAGCCUACUCCACACCAGACAAAAUCUUCAGAUACUUUGCUACUUUGAAAGUCAUAAACGAGCAUGGUGAAUCAGAGGUUUUUAUGACACCGCAGGAUUUCGUGAGAUCAAUAACACCUAAUGAAAAACAACCAGAAAACCUGGGCCUGGAUCAGUUUAUAGUGAAACGCUAUGAUGGGAAGCAUCCUCUACCUGGAGACAACUUUCUGGCGCUUUCCCUUUGUGCGUUGGCGGAGCUGAUGAGCUCAAGCAGAAGGAAACUGUCCCAGGAGCGAGAGAAGUUUGCCGAUGAGGACAGUAUAUUUUAUGCGCUUGGAGAAUGUGGACUCAUUUCUUUUUCCGACUACAUCUUCCUCACCACAGUCCUUUCCACUCCCCAGAGGAAUUUUGAAAUCGCCUUUAAGAUGUUUGAUUUGAAUGGUGAUGGCGAGGUGGACAUGGAAGAGUUUGAGCAGGUCCAGAGCAUCAUUCGUUCCCAAACCAGCAUGGGCAUGCGCCACAGAGAUCGGUCUACAACAGGGAACACCCUGAAAACUGGCUUCAACUCUGCACUGACAACAUACUUCUUUGGGGCAGAUCUGAAGGGAAAGCUGACCAUCUCCCACUUCCUCGACUUCCAGCGCAAACUGCAGCACGAUAUUCUGAAGCUUGAGUUUGAGCGGCAUGACCCAGUGGAAGGGCGGAUCACGGAGCGGCAGUUCGGCAGCAUGCUGCUGGCCUACAGCGGGGUGCAGUCCAAGAAACUUACUGUCAUGCUGAAGCAGCUCAAGAAGCACUUCCAAGACGGAGAGGGGCUGACGUUUGCGGAGGUGGAGAGCUUCUUCACUUUUCUGAAGAACAUAAACGAUGUGGACACAGCUUUGAGCUUCUACCACAUGGCUGGAGCUUCGCUUGAUAAAGUGACGAUGCAGCAAGUGGCCAGGACGGUGGCCAAGGUGGAGCUCUCCGACCACGUGUGCGACGUAGUGUUCGCGCUCUUCGACUGUGACGGGAACGGUGAGCUGAGCAACAAGGAGUUUGUUGCCAUAAUGAAGCAGCGUCUUAUGAGAGGCUUGGAGAAGCCCAAGGACAUGGGUUUUACGCGACUCAUGCGGGCGAUGUGGAAAUGCGCCCAGGAGACGGCGUGGGACUUCACCAUGCCCAAGGCGUAGCGGGGUUGGGGAGGAGCGCACGGCUUCCCUGUCUCAGCUCUGCCACCACUGCCUGCAGGCGUGAACACCUGCGGGACGGCACCAGGUUCUGGCGAGCCCAGACUGUUCAUAACAGGAGACUUUUGUAAAUCGAAGUUAGAAAUCAAAGCCUGUUGUAUUUGCAGCUUCUGCUUGCCACUAGCCCCUUAAUAUUCCUCUCAGGAAAAGGACUUUUCUUACUGCUGCCACCUCUGCUUUGUGAUGUGCCCUGCCUGCAGAGCUGGGCAUCGAGCGAGCUGGUGGGGCUGCACCCAAAUCACUUUUAUUUAGUGUUAUUACGAAAUGGCAUGGGGUUUAUUUCAAUUCUUAGAUUGCUCCUAAGAAAGAAGCUGUGGGAUUCCUGGAUAGAUCGUACCAGUGGGACCUAGGAGCAGAGCCUGGAGCAGCCAGGUGGUGAGAGCACCCCAGCAUUUUGGUCGGCCAAAUGCUCCGUGCUCCCCCAGGCUGUCUCAGGAGGUGGAUGAGACGGGUGCACCUGCAGAAAGGCUGCUUGAGCCGAGGUGCUGCCUCUGGUGUUAAGAGCAGUUAAAAGCAGUGGAGCAACUGGCUCUCCUGCAUAUCCUG